UCGCUCGGGCCCGUACCGUACAGUGCCAUUCUCCAAGGAUAUUAUUGGCUUCGAGACAAUACAAUCCAACUCCACGGCUGCCCCCGACGCCGCGAAAAAAGGCAGCUUCACCAUUCGCGACCGAUAGUGCGCGGGAGUASGCUACGCACUCGAGACAUUCCUAYCGAACGAUGCAGCAACAGAAGCCGRCAUUGCGCUACAAGGAAGGAAGCACCGUCGUGCCCGGGGACAGGAUCGGGACGGUCCGACAGGCCACGCCGGGGGACGGAACCUAUGUCCGGGGCGGGCACAUCUACGCCUGCCUGGUCGGGAGCCUGGCGCUGGAAGAGAAGCGGGCCCCGGAAAAGGACGACGAAAGCAACAACGACGACGACGACGAAAAAAGCAACGACGACGAAAGCAACAAGAACGCCCGGUCCCUCCCCGGAUUCGUSUGUUCCGUCGUUUCCCCGAAACCACCGGCCGCGAGCCAGGUCCUGUCGGUGGGCCAGCGCAUCGUCGGAAGGGUGUCCCGGAUCACCCCGCAGAACGCCCUGGUGGAGAUCCGCGUGGCCGAGGGCGYGGGGGCCCUCCGGCCGCCCUACCGCGAGGGAGCGAUCCGCCUGGAGGACGCCCGGUCCUUUGUUUCGUCCCGGGAGGGGUCUUCCGGMGCCGCCCCCGUCCUGGGGGACUGCUUCCGGCCGGGGGACCUGGUGGCCUGCCGGAUCGUGAGCAUGGGGGACCAGAGGCGGUACUUUCUGUCCACGGCCGAGACCGAGCUGGGGGUGGUCCGGGCGGAGCGCCACGGGGUUCCCAUGAUCCCCGUCUCGUGGAAGGAAAUGGAGUGCCCCGAGACCGGCGUGCGGGAGCCCCGAAAGUGCGCCAAGCCGGUGGCGCUGUAGGGCCGCGGCGGAUCCGCCGGGCGCCCCGGGGCUCGCAACCCCUCUGCAAGAAUGUUGCUUUCUUUCCGUCCGUUUGUGGCUCGAACGGUGCCCGUYCACGGGUCCAUCGAUUCUGGAACAGCGAUCGAUGCCAUCGCGGAGCAACAAGGGUCUCUCGUUUCGGUGGAAGAGAUGUGGUGUCGUCCGUGCGGAUGUAGAGCGAACGGGCGAGGGAAACACCUCGGUUGGACUUCUUGCUCGAAAAACCAACGGACCAUCCACGGUUUGCCUUUGCUGUUCRUGCAGCUUGCAAGGUGAUCGCAUUCCCCAACGGACAUAAAAGCCAGCACACUCCUUCUGAAAUUGGGGCAGGGACAGGGACAAAGCGAAUCAAAACCGCGUGAUGUGUGAUGUCUGUACCAGAAAACCACAACUCAUCCUCGAGGGGUGAGUCUUCAUUAUGGCUACGGUAGGGCAAAGAACAACAUAAUGCUCGUUCUUUCGUAGACCAGUAAAAUUUGYAAUACUAG